ACAAGGCUUGCUGCUGUCUGACUUGAAGGUGAUGUGUUUCACGUCAGGUAACAGACAAUUUCAGAAGUUCUGAAGCAAUCCCUGGUGCAAGCUUACUUAGAGAGAGAGGUGGACAUGAAGUUCUCCAGCUCUGUGGUUCCAAUCUGUUUGUUACUAAUUAAAGGGUUCCUGGUUCGAGGAGGGAUCCAUCAGUCGCCAGCCUUACUCAAGGUCUCAGCGGGGGCCAGUGUGGAACUUGGCUGCCUCUUUGAUGAGCCGGCAGUAGCGCCGACCAUAGCCGCUUUCCAGUGGGACCUCCCCAAUGGGAGGCUCUACCACGUGCUGCCUGCCGGCAGGGUGGGAGGCAGUACCAGCUGGCGCGUCCACCUCCAGGCAGAGCUGAAGGCGAGGAGCAGCAGGCUGAGCAUUAGGAGGGUCUCCUCUGCAGACAGUGGGCUCUAUGUGUGUAUUGUCCAGCUUCUGGAGCCAUUGCCCAUUGUCCAGAUGAAGGGAACAGCAACUCGUCUUCAUAUCAUCCCAGAAUCCACUCCAGUCCCAGGAAGGGUUUCCCAGUCCCCCGCCUCCCUCUCGGUGAGGGAAGGAGAGCCCGUUACACUGACGUGCAUCUUACAGACAACGGCGACGGAGGCGGAAGACAUGUCGUUCAUUUGGAUGUGGGGAACUUCUUUAACCACCUGCUCCACAGUGCCCGGCGCUACCAGCAGGUGGCAGUGUGCUCCGGUUCCUGAUCCGGGAGUCCUUAUCACAGCCGAUUUACAAACUAAAUCAUCAGAGUUCAGCAUCACCCAGGUUUCUCUAGAUCACAAUGGAACUUAUAAGUGUGAUGUUGCGAUCACCAAACCUCUGGCAAGGGUAAUUUUACAUGGAAAUGGAUCGACAUUACUGGUGGAAGAGUCCCCACUGACGGUCUCCCAGCUGCCCUCCCUCAUCACGGUGAUGGAAGGAGAAGACGCCAGGUUGACCUGCAGCCUCCAGCAAGAGGCCGCCGAUGUGAGGAACCUCAGCUUCACCUGGUCCAGCGAGAGCGCUGAGGUGACCUGCCCCAUCGUGGUCCCCGGACAGGAGUCGAAUUGGUGCAGCAGUUGGGAUGGAAGGCUUUCUGUCACGGCUCACGGCUGGAAUAAAUCCUCGGUUCUGACCAUCAAGGAAGUUUCUGUCGUGGACAACGGUACCUACAGGUGUGGGGUUACGCUCCUUGAUCCCCCCGGGGACAAGACGGUUUAUGGAAGUGGCUCUGUGCUGUUGGUUCUCGGUGAAGUGGAAUCUCCAGGGACCAAUAAGUCUGAAGAUCUUUACCUGCUUCCUGUAAACACACACCGGGAGGUGCCAAAGAGAAGGAUGAAGCCCUGGUUCUUCAUUUCACUGUUGUGCACGGUCAGUGUGAGCCUCACCACAGGACUCAUCUUCUCCUACUGCAUUGCGAGGAGGACACGUGCGACAGACGCAGGGAGUAGCAGGGAAUGCUGUGGCAAGACAGCCACUUCCUCCGCAUCAGUCGCCCAUGGGUGCCGUGAGUCAUGACACGUUCCCUGCAAAUCUUGGUGCUGUUAGUGACAAGCAUGGUGAAAGGUUUCACCAGGACAUUGCGGUCAUGGAGAAAAGAUACCAGGAAAACUGGAAUCCAUCAAUGCUGACGAAUUAUUGUUGGACACUUAAGCGAGAAGCCUCGGACACUGAGUACAAAUGAAAAUCAUUCACAAAAUAUUUUUAACUUAGUUGAACUAUUGCAAAGCAUCAGCACCAUUAUGCAAUUUAUCACAUUAUGUUCAAUAAAAGUUAA